GACCCAGCUGUCGAAGACCUCUAUCUGGGCUCCUGGCCACAGUUUCCUGGUGGAGUGGGCCGUACUACGGUAGUAAUUAGGCAUCGGGGGCUCAGCUGGCUCUCUGCCCUUCCCUUGGCUGCCACAUGUGCCUUGCCAGCCCCGCUCGGCAGCACACAGGGCAGCGAAGCUGUGAGAGUUGCCCGGUUUGAGCAGUGCAGUAGUGGGCUUUCCCCCCUUCAUGCAUAGGCUGAGUGUGUUUGUAUGUGCACACGUGCCAAGUGCUCCCCUCGUCUUGCCUCUGCUCUGGGGUAAGUUUUCGCCUGCUUUCCUGAGAACCAGUGAUAACCGUAGCUCUGCUGGAAAGGGCUGUGCUGGCAGUUCCCAGAUGGAUUGAAGUCUCUCUGCAGCAGGUGGUUUAUAAAAGGCAGCAUAUAAAACUCCCACUCUCCUCUCCACCUCCCACAGCUCCCAGCUCCCCAAACAGCAAAAGAGACUUGGAGAGGAAAGAGCUGCUCUUCUGUCUUUUCCCUGUCUUCAGAGACCACAGUACUCCUGGUACCUUUUUGGCACUUGUGGAAAAAAUAGCCUGUGACCUGCCCCAGUCUGUCUCUGGACCAUGACAUAGCUGCUCUUGGUUUACAUAUUGGUUUCCACGAGGGAGUGUUUUCCCCAGAAGAGAUGGCCCUUUUGUUCACACAGUCCUUAAAAUCUUCAUCUGUUUGAGCACGUUUACCUCACCAGAGGAAGAAGCAAUCUGCCUCUAAAUGGCUGAUGUCCUACCACCCACCCAGCCUUGCUGAGAGAGGCCUUCCUUGGCCUUUGAUGCCAAACCAAAGCUGCUCUUGCCGGUUUGGGUCUGUUUGAACAUAAUGUGCUAUGAUGAUGGAGUUAGUAGAUGAUGAGUAACUGAGAAACUGGAAACCCCUUUGAGUGAGAAAUCGGAGACUUCACUCAGUCCCUCUUCCCUCACUGUUACCCUGACCCCGUGAGGUCCCUGAGCUAUUCUCUGCAACCUCAGUGACCUGGGAUAACUCCCUGCCCCUUUGCCAUAUGUGAGCCACCCAGGCCCUCCGUCCCCCACAGGCAGCCCUAGCUUUUGUCCUGGCUGUCUGUGCUCCCGGCCCUGACCCAAGGGCACCCCCAUGGCUCUGCAGCCUGCGUUUCCCUGCCCUGCAGGACUGAGCUGUGCCUGACCCUGGUAAUCCUUUGCGAUGAACAGCAUUGAUUUAAGCAUUAUCAAAGUACAAGGGUGAACAAUGCAGAAUGAGUGACAGGGCCCUGCCGUAGGGAGCUUACAGCCUAAUUAGCUAAUGUUUGCUCAGUGCUUUGCACAUGAGAAGUGCAGUGUAAGGGGCUAAGCGUUAUUAUUGUGAAAGCACAAUGUGUGCACAGCAGGAUAUUGAAAUAUAAAACAAACACAGGUUAGAGCUAAACUGCAGUGGCAGCUUAGUCAAACAUGGGGGAAAAGGGCUAGCGUGGAAAUGGAAAAGCUCAGCUAUGGUUGUUCCUUCCCAGCUGCUGGGUGCUCACACCAGCAUCUGCUUGCUCAUGUAUGCAUGGAGGAGGAGCUAGAUAAGAGCUGCUCUGUGUACGGCAUUUUCCCUGUGCUGGCCCAAACAGACCUCUCUGCUGGUAGAUCUCAUCAUAAAUACUGUUUGUUCUCGGUUGUCUGUGGUCUUCUGCAGCUCUCUAGGAUUUGGCCCUAUUCUCACGCUGAGAAGUGCUGCAAAGAGUGAAUGCUGACCUGCCCGGUCCACACCUUCCCUCCAGGAGACAUAGGUUUGUGCAAGUGGCUGCCAGGUUGCAGAGGAAGUCCACAAAUGUAGUCAUGCAAAGGCUCCUGCCAGAAGGCUAGGUGGUGGGAACGGCUCUCAGAUCUUGCCCUCCGAAUAUGUCAUAUGCAGAGCUUAGUCUGUCCUAGUGUCAAAACCCAGCCAUACCUGGAUCCUGGUGGUGCUGGAAGAGGAGGGAAGGGCAGGGAGCUGGGAGCUGUUCAGCAACAGCUUCCAGGGGACGUGACAAGGGAGGAUUUUGCCCCAAAGUGCUGUGUUGGCUUAAGGUGAGUCUCGGGCCUCUUCUCUCGGGGCAGAGUGACCCUGCACAGAUUUUCUUAAAUGUGAUGGCAACCUGCCACUCCUCAGAGCAGAAAAAACAUGUUUGACUCCCCUGAAAUGAGGACGUGAUCUCUCUCUCCUGAUGGGUCAAGUAGUUUAGAUGGUUUGUGUUGGCAGAGCUCAUUGGGAGCAGGGAGUGAGGAGACGAGGGCAGGGAGGAAACGCAGUUUCUGUCCCAGGAACGUGCUCCUCCUGGGACUCUCGCCAGCUACGCUUUACCCCUUUUUAGCAGGAAGCCCCCAGAGAGCUGGUGGAGGGGACUUAGCAGCCGGGGAUGUGGAGCGGUGGUGCUGGAGGAGGGAUCGCUGCCAAGGGGAGGGAGCUCACAUGCAGUAUUCCCGUCUGCAGGGCCUGUGCAGGCUCACGGGGCCAACAGCUCCCACGCCUGUGAUUGCGGCCGUUGCCUGCAGUGAGCCUGGCAGACGUCUGUGCCCCUUGUAGGAAAAUCAGUGUAGGAAAACUCAGUGUGAAAUCUUAUGGAAGGGGAAGGUGAUGUUAUAUUUACAAAAUCUUUAAGCAGAUUGAUUUUCCAUGCAUGCUCUGACCCUUGUUCUUUCAGAGAUGUCAUUGGCUCCCACACUUGCAAGCCCACCCUCACAUGCACCCCAACGUGUGUGCCUGGGCAGUCUGGCCAGGAUCCCUUGUGGGAGAUAUAGGGGACAAAGGGCACCAACUAUUGAAUCCUUGUCACCUCUCUGAGGUUUGCCCCUUCAUUGGCGAUACUGAACUCAUCUUUGAACAGGUCUUUGGAGCCCUUUAGGAGUCAUCAGCUGCUACGGGGCGUCCCUUGCCUCUAAAUCUUGUUGACUCCAGCCACCAUAAACCUUAGGCCAGGUUGCUGCUCUUUUUUUUGGGUUUUUUUUUUUUGUUUUUGUUUUUCGGCUAUAUCUGUUUUCAAGGUGGGCUAAGAGGGACAGGAUUGGUAUAUGUGCUAUUUGAAUCUGGUUGCUGUCCUGCUGGUGGUAGGAUGCAGGGUCUUCUGCUGACGAGUUGUCUCUGCCAUGGGCUUAGCAGAGUAUGGUGUUUUGGGUCUUGGCAUAAAUAACACAUUCCUCAAUUUUAUUGCUGGGGAUAGUGUCCCGAGAAUGGUGUCCUUAACAUAGGCCACGCUUUUAACCCUUUGUUGUACUUUCCUUCUGGUGCUUCCCCUCACAUUUCCGUUCAUGCAUACCAUAUUCACAACAGUGUUAAUAUUUCUGUUACAGAUCUCUGCACAGUGUGUCAGCUCCCCUUUGGAGUCUGGCUCAGCUCUCAGUGGGUCUGUGGGGUCACGGCCACCACAGACCUGGGAGCUGUUGCUCUGGGCUGAGCUGCCUUUCCCAAGUGGUUUGUACAACGGUGCCAGUCUCUUAUGCACACUCAUUCCCUGAAGAUGCUAAAGCUGGCAGAAAGAGUCCUGGCCCAGGUAAUAAUGCUGCCCAGUCCUUGCGGGCUCCCAGCCUGGCCACUUGCUCCUAGUGUCCCCUGAGGGAGCAGGGCCAGGCAGGGCUCCCUAUCCUCCCCGCUCGCAAGCUGUUCCUUGGCAGCCGUUCCUGCAGCCGGAGCGACUAAGCAGCGAUCUCUGAACCACAGGCAUUUGAUGAACGACUGCAGCGAUGACGGGGUGUAGAGGAAGCGGAGGGUGGCUUCUCUCUCGCACAGUCCGACCCUGGCUGCGGAAAGCCAUGUCCGUGCAUAGCAUGGUGCUGUGACAUGGGCAAGUGGUCAGCAUUUGCUGGGAGGGGAGGCUGAGCGGGGCGGAGGGGUGCUCCUUCCACCUCAUGCCAGGCUCUGCACACCGGAGCCUGGGCCCCUCACAUGGCCCGUCUGUCCCAGGCCGCCUCUCCAUCAGCUCAGGGCUCACCACUUACCGCAGCCAAAGCAGGUGCGGGAGGCAGGGGAGAAGUGAAGUGGAGGAAGGAUGCCAGCUCUUCCUGCAUCGCAACGCACGAGUGCCGCCAUGGCGCUCAUGUACUGAGAGCCUCUUUCCUCUCGUCUCUAGAGACUGCCUGUCACAGCCGCUGUACUGGGAAGAGUUUGUCCAGCUCUGAGCCUGCUCCUGGGAAGUUUAUUGGCACGUGCCAGGGAACCUGGGGAGCCUUUGAGACCCUUUGCUCUCCAGGCCCACACCUUCGCCCAACCAAGCAGCAGCAGCCAGCAAGCCUUGGGAGCUCCUUCAACAGACCGGUGUCUCAGCUGCCCGAUCUGCAAACAGAAGUGAGCAAUCCUCGUUCUGCCGGGGAGGGAUGGCCAAGGCUGAGGCAGCAUCUGGCACAAAGGGACUCCUACCUUUGAUUGGCAUAUGGUGGUACUGUCCUGUAUAUGACUAACAGGAAGUGCUUGCAGAAUCUUCUAGGACUUGCCUUGCUGAAGUUCCCUUUUCAGAGGCUGUUAUCUCAUCCGGGCCACACUGGGCCUCGAAGCUUGGGAUUUCCCUACCCUGGUUGGGAUACAAACUGACCAGGUAUCAGCCCAUCCCAGAGUGUGACGUGGCAGUUCUCCUUUUGGGAUCCACCCUGUCAGCCCUCCCAGCUUGGGCUAGGAUGUCUCCAGACCCCAUAGACUGGUCAGAUCAGGACAUACAUGGCUGGGUGACGUCCAAGGAGAAGAUGUUGCAGUGAGCAGCAUGGGCAGAUCUGUAGCAGAGGCUGAAUGCAGUGCCCCAGAAGUUCAAGCAAAGGUUCCUUGCUGCUGUCUGCUGACUGCACCAGGGUGGCCAUGAUUCAACCCACCUUCUAGGAAUGAGAGGGAGAGGUGGUGAGGGACCUAUCUCAGCGUGAGGCCCUGUUGCAGCACCAAUGGACAGUGCGUACUCGGUGGAGCCAGCACCGGAUGGUGCUGGCUCCUUCUCUCUGGAUGUGCUCAGCUUCCUGGACACCCUGGCGAACAGCACGGAGGAGCAAUGCUUCAGCGCCCAUUCCCGCAGCACUGUCCUGCAAGGCCUGCCAUUCGGCGGUGUGCCCACUGUGCUCGCCAUCAACUUCAUCCUCUGGCUGCUUCUCCUUCUGGUCUUCUCCUGCCUUCGGAAAGCAGCUUGGGACUAUGGGCGCCUGGCACUGCUAAUGGACAAUGAUAGUUUGACGUCACUUUUCUAUGGCGAGCAGAGUGAGAAAGAGAAGUCCCCGUCUGAGACCAGUCCCCUCGACACGGACAACAAAGACGUGGGAUUCUGCUCCUGGCUCAUUUCUAUCUACCAGAUGAAAGAUGAGGAGAUUCAGAGUAAAUGUGGGAUCGAUGCCACCACAUACCUCUCCUUCCAGCGGCAUCUCCUGGUCCUGCUCAUGCUGGUCUGUGUGCUCUCCGUGGCUGUUAUCCUGCCCGUCAACUUCUCGGGAGAUCUCUUGGGAAACAAUCCCACCCACUUUGGGCGGACAACCAUCGCCAACAUCCCAACACAGGACCGUCUCCUGUGGCUACACAGUAUCUUCGCCCUCAUCUAUUUCAUCCUCACCAUCCUCUGCAUGGCUCAUCACUCUGUCCAUCUUGAAUACCGGGAGAACGAGAAGGUCGCCCGGACACUGAUGGUCACGCGGAUUCCCAAGGAGAUAACAGACCCUUCCCUGAUCAUCAAGCAUUUCCAUGAGGCCUACCCCAGCUGCACCGUCACCAAUGUCCAGUUCUGCUUCGACGUGCGCAAGCUGAUGAAGCUGGAUGCAGAGAGGCGCAAGGCAAUGAAGGGGCGACUUUACUUCACCACCAAGGCACAGAAAGAGGGGAAGAUCAUGAUCAAAACCCAUCCUUGUGCCCGCAUCUUCUGCUGUCGCAUCUGUGGCUUUGAGCAGGUGGAUGCUGAGCAGUACUAUGGGGAGCUGGAGGAGAAACUCACAGAUGAGUUCAACGCUGAGCGCAAUCGCAUCACGCUCAAGCGGCUCGACAUGGCCUUCGUCACCUUCCAGGAUGAGAGGAUGACGGCUGUGAUUUUGAAGGACUACAGUCACAUCCGCUGUCGUAAGCACCCUCAGCAAUCCUCCGUGACUACAGUGGUCAAGUCACACCGCUGGGGUGUUCGCUAUGCCCCUGCACCCAGCGAUAUCAUCUGGGAGAAUUUAUCGGUCCGUGGCACAUCAUGGUGGGUGCGAUUUAUCCUCCUUAACAUCUGCCUCUUCAUUCUCCUCUUCUUCCUUACCACACCGGCCAUCAUCGUCAACACCAUGGACAUGUUCAAUGUCACACGGCCCGUGGAGAGCCUCAAGAACCCCAUCAUCACCCAGUUCUUCCCUACGCUGCUGCUCUGGGCCUUCUCCGUCUUCCUGCCCUUCAUCGUCUACUACUCUGCAUUCUUCGAAUCACACUGGACGAGGUCAAGUGAAAAUCAACUCACAAUGCACAAGUGUUUCUUUUUCCUGGUGUUUAUGGUCAUCAUCCUGCCUUCACUGGGGCUGACCAGUUUGGAUCUUUUCUUCCGCUGGCUCUUUGACAUGCACUUUCUGGAUGAGGCUGAUAUCAAGUUCCAGUGCGUUUUCCUCCCUGAUAAUGGCGCUUUCUUUGUCAACUACAUCAUCACCUCCAGCCUGACUGGGACGGCCAUGGAGCUGCUGCGCAUCCCUGGCCUCCUUGUCUACACCACCCGGCUCUGCUUUGCCAAGUCUGAGCCCGAGCGGCUCCACAUCAAGCGGAGCCAAGCCUACCAGUUCCAGUUUGGGCUGGAGUACGCCUGGACCUGCUGCAUCUUCUCAGUUGUUAUGACCUACAGCAUCACAUGCCCCAUCAUUGUCCCCUUUGGUUUACUCUACAUGCUGCUGAAGCACAUGGUCGACCGGUACAACAUCUACUAUGUGUACAUCCCCACGAAGCUGAACCAGCGCCUCCAUGUAGCUGCCAUCAGCCAGGUUGUGGUGGCCCCCAUCCUCUGCAUGUUCUGGCUGCUCUUCUUCUCCGUCUUGCGCCUCGGUCCCACUCGCCCUGUUACCCUCUUCACCUUCGUGGUCCUUCUCUCUUGCAUCUUCUUCUCCUUCUUUGGCCUCUGCCUGAAGAAGCUGCAGCCACGGAAACCUUCCAGCUACCAGAUGUCCGACCAGUCUGACAGCACCUUCAACGACACGGAGCGAAGCAGUGUCUCCUCCACCCCCAACUCCAACCUCUUUGUGGCCACAGUCCUGCAGGAGCCUGAGCUGACCCUGACGCCAGCGGCCUCCCCGGCGCACCAGUCCUACGGGACCAUGGGCAACCACCUGGAGCCAGCGGAGGACGGGGAGGAGGGUUGUCUGCAGAGCUUCGAGACGGAGCUGGAAGCGGUGGAGGGCGAGUACAGGACCGGGCCGGUGAUGGAAAGCCAGGCCCGUUACCAAUGAGCAUCCCCGCCGCCGUGGCGAGUUCCGGCAAUGCCUGAGAGCAGAGGAUGUGCGGAGAGGGCAGAAAGGAGUCUUCCCCACCAGCCCAGGCUCCCAUGCCAACCCUGCUGCUGCCUGGUGGGCACCAGCACCUGUGGGGCCAGUGCCUGCCUGCCUGCCCCAGCUUGCCAACGGGCCCACGCACGGGUGGUACCAGGGGCCUAGGGCCGGAGGGCAGCAGGACUGAUGGGCAGGAGAGCGCCUCAUCUCGCCCCAUCCCAGGCACCCGCGCAAGGCAGCAGGAGCCCAUGCACCCCUGCCCUGCAGCCCACCUCCAUGGCUCCCUGCCUCUGUUGGGGAUGGGGCUCAAUGGCCCCGAGCCCUCCUUGCCCCUUCCUUCCUUCCUCCAGCCCUGCGUGGAGCAGAGGGGUGCAGCAGUGGGGGGAGAGGGUCUCUCCUAAAGGCCAUGCUUUGAGGGAAGGAGGAAGGCUGGGUCCCUGGCCAGGAGGGAGAGAUGGCCUAGACAGCUCAGAUGAAUGCGUCCAAUGGAGAAGCACAGCCCUGCAGGACCCCGGUGCUGCCGGAGCCGGCCGCGCUCAGGUGCAGCUGCCAAACCUUCGCUUCCCACUGUGCCCACUUGCUGCUGUCGCUGCCCUCGGCAGCUCGCCGCUGCCCUUUGGCACCCACUGCAGCCAGUUCCUGCCUACCCACGCGCCAGCUCAGGAGUGCAUCCCCCAUGCUGCCUGUGAGCUGCACCAAGGCUUUGCCAAUUAUAAACGGGGGCUUCUGAGACACUUGUGCUUUUGACUGGAUGAGCGCACAGGGUUGAACCCUGGGCCCACACAGGGUUGGGUUAUCUCUGGCCCGGUCUUCCUGAGCACCAGCGUCCCUUGCUCAAGUCAGACAUGAAGCCAUAAUCCCAGCUCCUCAAAGGCACAGAGACCCCCACACUGCUGCAGCAGCAAGGCACUAAUGAUGUCCACAGCGUUGGUCUUGUCCACAGUGAGCAACUUGCUUACCCUGCCAUCCUUCCCUUCCCUUCCCUUCCCAUCCCAUCUCAUCCCUCUGCAGCUGGAAAGUGCUUGUGCUUUUGAGCCAAGUGUUUGGAGAGAUGGGUAAGGUCAAGGGAAGCAUGUGUUCAAUUACCAUGACAGCUACAGCCUUUCCUCCUUAGCACCCAUCGUCCUGCUGCCCCCUCGCAGCAGCCCCCUGCAUGGUGGUGCUCUCCCCAGGGCUGCUGCAGGACCCCAUGUGGCUCCAUCCCACUGCCAGAGAAAGGGGGGCUGGUGGGACCCCCACCUCCAGAUCCUGGGUCCUGUCUCAGCACCGCAUCCUGCCCUUGCUCCUGGCUGUACCUGGGAGGCUCUUCCACAACCAUCACCUCCUCUCAAGUGUAAAUCCUGGCAGGGCCAGCAUGCAUGUGCCUGUUGUUGCCUGCAUGGGGUCCUUGAGGAUUUCUGACUCUUCCUCAGCAGCAGCGUAGGUCCUUUCAGGGGCCAGGGAGCCUUGUCCUAUUCAGCCUCUCUUCUGCAAGUGCACCUGAGUGCUUCUAGUUAUGUGCUCAGCCUUUGUUUGGCCUCAAGUUGAUUUUUCUGCUUUUUCUGAUGCAGUAUUGCAUCAGGGCAGUUUGUGAGCAGAGCCGUGCUGGUUCAGGAGUGUGGGGGUGUUGGCUGCUGAGCUCACAAGCUGAUGAGCCAGCUGCUUGAGGCGAGUUUGGCUUCUCGUGAGCUGGAUGGUCAGUGCCACUGGACCCCAAGCUCCCAGGGUUUCCCCUUCUUCCAGCCUUCCUAGCCCAGACGUGGAUGCAGCUGCAGCUGUGAUGCUCUGUGUCCCCUGCAUCACUGCCCAGCGGAUGAGCUGAAAGGGAGCAUUUUGCAUUGCAUAACUGUUUCUGCCCCUUCCAGCUGGGCAUAUUCUCUCCUGAGAAGAAACUUGUGCUCAGUCCUUUCCAGCAUGCCCAGUCUCUCCCAUUCAGCCCAGUACCUGGUAAGCAAAGGCACCCCAAGCUGCUGCUUACUGACCUCGCCAUUGCUGAGCCCAGCCUCACAAUGUGAUCUCCUAACAACAGAGAAAUUGCAUUUGGUGGCAAGGACCAUCUCUGCUCCUCUGCUGACUUCAGAGCAAUAUUUCAGCCACUAUCAUCUCCCUCCCUGAGCCAUCCAGAGAGGCAAGGGACGCUCCUGCAGCCCCCUCUCACACUGAGGCAACCAGCAAGGGAAAUGCUGCAAUGCAAAGACAGGGGCUCAACCAUUGCAACUUGCAUAAAAAUUGGGACUAGGAGUAACUGCUUCUGCCCAUGCAAGCAGGCCGGCUCAGCAGGUUUGUGGCCCAGUACCUGGGAGGAUGGCAGUAGGAGGGACUAAGAUGCCAAACACCCCACGGAGACCCUACAGCCUCUGUGCUGUGCUAGGGGAGAUGCUGGCACUUCCGACAAGCUCAGACUCCUCUGCGAGGAGCUGCCCACGGCCACCAGUGGGAAAUGCAGAAGAAAGCACUGGAAAUCAUGUCCUUUUCCAAGAGCUGGACACUUUCCCUUGGAUGCAUCAACAUCUGCCUAGGCGCAGGGUGAUGCUUGGGCUCUUUGUCCCACAUCCACUGCAGUGACCUGGUGAAAUGCAGCACCCUCAGGCAAGACUGAGAGCUGAGCUGGUGCCUGUCGCAUCAGGCCAGAUGGCUCAUGACCUUGCCCAGGAUGUGGGUGAGCUAAACUUGGUCUUUUGCCUGUCCAGAAGACUUUGUAUUCGCUUUACACUGGUGGGGGAGCACCCUGUCCCCCACCCCCGGACCCUGGACACCAUGGGAGGCAGUUGCA